AUGGGUAUCACGAUUCUGAUUUUGGUCACUUUGACCUGUGUUGGCCGUGUCUAUGGACAAGAAAGCUACGCAGGUGAAAACAUCACCCGUAUUCUGGACCGACUACUAGAUGGUUAUGACAACCGGUUGCGGCCAGGAUCCGGAGGUAUGAUUACAGAGGUGAAAACAGAUAUCUUUGUCACCAGCUUUGGACCAGUAUCAGAUGUGGAAAUGGAGUACACCAUCGACAUGUUCUUCCGACAGACCUGGGUGGACGAGAGGCUGAAGUACGACGGCGCCGUGGAGAUCCUGCGUCUCAACAACAAGAUGGUGGAUAAGAUCUGGACACCCGACACGUUCUUCAGGAACUCUAGGAAGUCCAUCGCCCACAACAUGACCACUCCCAACAAGCUGUUCCGCAUCAUGCAGAACGGGACCGUCCUCUAUACCAUGAGACUAACCAUCAGUGCAGAGUGUCCCAUGAGUCUCAUGGACUUCCCUAUGGACGGACAUGCCUGUCCUCUCAAGUUCGGCAGCUAUGCGUACACGAGCAGUGAGAUCACCUUUACCUGGAGGAAGGGUCUGGAAGGUUCCGUAGACUGUCCUCAGGAGUCUAUCAGUCUGCUCCAGUAUGACCUGGUGGGACAGAGGCUAUCCAUGGAGACGUUCAGGUCCAACACAGGCAUCACCACGGUCCUCACCAUGACAACCCUCAGCAUCAGUGCCCGCCAGUCUCUGCCCAAGGUGUCCUACGCUACAGCCAUGGACUGGUUCAUCGCCGUGUGUUUUGCGUUUGUGGCGUCCGCGCUCAUCGAGUUCGCCGCCGUCAACUACUUGGCCACGCUUGAGGCCAACAGACUGAAGAAGAGGAACGCCAGGCAGAACAAACUGAAGGUCCUGGCUGAAGCAAGUUAUGAUGAGGAGGAUGAUGAGAGUGCUUCAUCUCCCCCCUCAGAGAGAGGGGGCCUGAAGAAGAGGUAUAACUCCAUAUGCCAGAGUGAGAUGGACACUGGCCCCUCAGUGCCCAUCUUCCUGCAGCAGGGUUCAGCUGUGCCCCCCAUCCCAGCGCUAGCUGGCACCAGCCCAAUAGACCAGUACUCCCGCAUCAUGUUCCCCCUGGCCUUUGCACUCUUCAACCUCUUCUACUGGAUCAUAUACCUGGGCAAGGACACCAUGGAACAGGCCAGAGAUGAUUGA